AUGAGGAGAAUUCAUGACCAGCACGCCGCAGAGAAAAACGCUAAAGAGGAGAAGUUGGCAGGGACGACGUAUGUAGCACUGACUGGGGACCAUUGGACAUCAGUCAACAACGAAAACUACCUCGGUGUUACUGCACACCUCAUCGAUGUGACGAAAACAGAGGAGCGUCACUUUGCCGAAGUGUGUGCCAGGCAGUUUCUCGACGUCGCUAAUCAGUGGGGGAUAGCUGACAAAAUCACCGCUAUUGGAACAGACAGCGCUCCAAACAUGAUAACUGCAGGGAGGAUACUGCCCUUCGAGCAUUUGCCCUGCAUCGCGCAUCUUUUACAGAGGGCCAUUGUUGUGUCUCUUCGGGAUGGUGGUUUUGAUGUUGUACUGGCCAAGUGUCGCAAAGUGGUGGGACAUUUCAAGCACAGUCUGGCCAACUCAGACGAGCUGAAUGCCCAGCAAGCCUCCCUUGGACAAGACCAGGAGCCACUCGUGCAAGACGUUCCCACACGCUGGAAUUCCACCCUCGAGAUGAUCAAGCGCGUGAGACGCAACAGAGACCCACUGCACUCAAUGCUGACCCAGCAGAAGCACAAUCUGACCCUCCCAACAAACUCUGAAUAUGAGAAGCUGGAAAAGCUGGAGAAACUCCUGGAGCCAUGCAGGUACAUCACUGAGCUCCUUGGUGGGGAAAAGUAUGUGUCCUGCUCUGUGGUUCUACCAGCCUUGUGCCACCUCCAGCAAGUGGUGAAGAUCUCAGAUGAUGAUCCUGCAUACACUGUGCGAUUCAAGACUGCCUUUACACAGGACCUCAACCAGCGGAAGGAGAAAACAAACCUGGAAUGGCUGAAGGUGGCAACUGCUCUGGAUCCACAAUUUAAGGACCGCAAGUGCCUGCCCAGAGCAGAGAGGCAGCCGGUGUGGGCAAAGCUGAGUGAGCUGGUGAAGGGAGAAGAACUUGCUCCGCAGCGGCCCAGGGAGGAGAACCCUGAGCCACCUAAGAAGAAAACAGCCUUCCUACUGAUGGGAUCCGAGUCGGAGUCGGAUGAGGAGACACCAGUAGACAAUGCUGUGGAGAGGUACAGGGUAGAGCCCAGUGCCACCUUGGAUCAGUGUCCACUGAAGUGGUGGUCAGAGCACACUGCUGUCUAUGGCAAGUUGGCCCACAUUGCCUGGAAGUACUUGGGGACUCCUGCCACAACUGUCCCAUGCGAGAAGCUGUUCUCUUUAGCAGGCCAUAUUGUACAGAAGAAGAGAUCAAGUUUGUCACCAGAAAAUGUGAACAAGCUGGUCUGCCUGAGUGAUUGGUGGAAGAAGGAGAAGUAGAGACUGGACUGGGAAUAAUAGAGACUGGAUUCAUUGCCUCAAGCCAUGUCAGACAGCUACUGACUGUUAAAGUAGUUUUUCAUGACCCA